AUGAGCGUGAAUUUGGUCAGUCGAAAGUUUGUUUUUCUGGCGGUCGGCUGCAUUUUUGUGCUUCUCGAAUGCACGUGGUACUUGACGGCUUUGGAGGAGAAGAAGGAGGAGAAGAAGGAGGAGGAGGUGUUGUUGCCGGGCGGUAAGUGCGCACACACUUUAUUCAAUGGAUAAACAUUUUUCGAUAAACUCAGAUAAUAUCACUGAAUUUGUGCCGCCCUUCAUUCCACUGCUCAACGAUUAUGCGGUAAGUUAGAGAGUAUCCUUGGGACCCGGAUUUUUUAAAAGUUCGGAGAAUCUAAGCAUGACUAUGAUAUUAUAAUUUUCCAUUUUCAGGUGGUCGGUGGAUACAAUCUGCUAGGAUGUAAUAUUCGAAAAAGCAUGUCACAGCUCAGCUACAAUAUCAUGUGCUAUCUGAAUAAUACCGAAGGAUUCUUGCAAAAUAAUCAAACUUUGUUGGAUACCUGGAAGAUUGACAGGUAUUUAUAAUUAUCCAAGAAAAAAAAAAGAAUUUAUCGAUAGAAUUUUGCAGAAUAAGUUGUCCUGGAAUUCAUUGGACCAUUUGGAAUCAAAUGAUUCGCGCCGGACAAGUGGAUAUGAGUAAGCUCACAAAGUUCGCGUUUAUCCGAAAUCCAGAAGAGAGAUUCGCCUCGUUUUAUGUGGAUAAAUGUAUGAGGUAUGUAUAAACAAAAAAAUUAUGGAUAAACGCUUAUCCGAAACACAUUUCAGAGCAGGCGCUUGUGAAAAUUGUACAGAUGUGCGGUGUGCCAGCAAAUUGGUUUAUGACAAGUGAGUCGCUUGAAUCUAUCCAUAAAUUUAUCGAUAAAUCAACUUUAUAAAAGACGUCCUCGGCCAAAAUUGUCAAUUUUGAACGCGAUCAUCCCCAAUCUUCGUUUAAAAUCUGCGAAAAUUCUGCGCCGACUUAGAAACGUCGCCCAUUAUUGUUAUUUCCCAAGAUGGAUUCAUGAUCUCUCCGGAGAACAUGUUCUACAGUAAUCCUGGAACUUGGCGCACUUUUGGUGCCUUGACGCUUUUCUGUUAACUUUGCAAAAACCGCGCGUAUUGUGUGUGCAAUUUCCAAGCGAGUUAUUAGGCAAUUUUCGGGAAAAUCUGAUCGUGAUCAUUGUUUUUUCGACCACUUAAAUCGCCGUUUCCAAUCUUUCGGCUUUGGCUAGCUUUUCGGCGUUUCGGGGAAAGAUCUGAUCACCCGAAUGGUUUUGAAGCUACAGUAAUCCGAAACGGAGACCAAUUUCAGACUGAUGACACUGGUACACAAUCAGAGUUCGAUUCUCAAGGACAAUCCGAAAUAUUGGCUGGAAUGGCACGCGGCACCGCAAACGUGGAACUGCGAUUUCAAUCAAUAUCUGUCGGAUUUCCAUCUCAUUCCGAUCGGAACCGCUCCCGAGGCUCGUGACGUGGCAAUGCGAAAAUUGCGAAAAGUGCUAGAGUUCGCCGGCAUUCCACAUCAUCACAUCGAGAAAAUUGUGCGCGAUUCGGCGGAAGGAGACACCGCACACGCCACGUACGAUUCCAGGGAAAGCGAAGAGGUUUUGAAGCAGGUUCGUCAUGAAUCGAUGCAGAAUUUUGUGUAGAACAAACGAUUCUCUUGAAGCGACACCAGAAAAUCAGUUUUAAAGCCUGUAGACGGGUUAGAAGCAGAGUUGAGCGGAAGAAUUUUUAUCUUUUUUAGAAAAUUUUUUCAUGGAAUGUGAUCAACUGACGAAAUGUAUAGCAAAGUGAACUCUGCACAUAGAAAAAUAAUUGUAAAAUUAGCUUUUCAUACAAAAAAGUUAUUCGAGUUGUUCCGUUGGCCCCUUUUUCACGCAGCAACUCGAAUAACUUUUUUGUAAGAAAAGCUAAAUUAACAAUUAUUUUUCUAUGAGCAGAGUUCAUUUUGCUAUUCAUUUCGUCAGUUGAUCACAUUUCAUUAAAAAAUGUUCUAAAAAAGAAAAAAAAAAUUCUUCCGUAUUCUAGCGUUGAGUUCUUCCUCUCAACCAGACUUGCAACGGGCCGGCCCGGGAGGAUGCACCUAAAAAUUCAAAGCGAACUAGAACUUCGAAACGAACAUAAUUUUAUAGACUUAAAAUUUUAUAGACUUAAAAAGGCAAUGUUAUAGCAUAAAAACCUGUUAAAAAAUAGAAAUUGCUGAUUAAAGUCGCAAAAUUUUCACAAAAAUUACGAAAAUUUUCUCAAGAGUGGGCGGAGCCGGGCCGGGCCGAAACCGGGCCGGGCCGGGCCGGCCCGGGAUUUGGCAAGUCUGCUCUCAACCCUGGUUAGAAGUCUAUAAAGUCUAGUAUUUAUAAAUUUUCAGGUACGUACCGACCCGUACAUCCGUCACUAUCUUCAUCGGACCUAUUAUCACGACUACGUGGCGUUCGGCUUCAAUAUGACCGGAAUUGUGGACUACCCACAAUCGGACCAGCAACUGCCGCUGCCGCUGCCGAAAUAG